AUGAAAGUGUCGGUACCAUUAUGGGCUUCAAUGAUGAUGCUCAUGGCCUCUACAACCGUUUUUGCAAGUGGUAGUGCUAACGACAUUGUUAAGGGUAAAGGUUAUGCCACCACCUACGCAUGCAACACCCAACUCAAGAAGGCAGGUAAGUUUUGUAAAGGUAUAAGCACUUACUCAUGUUGGUGUUCGAAUGAAGUUGCAAUGGCAUCAAUGGCUGGAUGCUUCAACUUAUUCGACAGAAUGACCCCAGAAGCAGUAACGAAACUUGAUUUCUUGUGCAGACUGUGGGGAGGAGUAAACACAACUUUGACUUAUGAUCAAUUUGUCAAGUCAUACGACUACUAUUUAGAAAACGCCAAAUUCCCCAGUGAAAUACCUGGCUAUAAUAAGCUGGUAAUCACUAAAAUACCUCUCAAAGUGAACGUGACUGCAGCCAAGUUUUAUGAUCAAGGAGCUACUAAACUCGGGAGUAUGUAUGAUGAUUCUCUUUGGUAUGGGGCUGGGUUACUUGGAUAUUGGGCCGCUAUACUAAUGUUAGCUACAUUGGUUAACUGGAGUUACAUUAUCUUUCCCAGAAUGUUUAAAGGCUUUAACGGUUCAAUCUCAAAUUGGUUUAGACGUCAUUUUGUAUUGGCAUCAACAUUUGGGCAGAGAAAUUCUACCGCUUAUUCAUUUAUGAAUGUUAAGUUUGCAUCUGGAUUGGUUCCAUUAAGAUGGGAAUCGCUUGUUCUUUUGGUAUUUGUAAUAUUAACUGCUGGUUUCUCUGGUGCUGGUGUUCAUGCUAUAAAGAAUGAUCCUUUGUUCUCAAAAGAGUUUGCUAUCUCUCACUAUGUUGCCGACAGAACCGGCACUAUUCUGAUGUAUUUGGUACCUUUGAUGAUCUUGUUUGCUGGUAGAAAUAACUUUUUGCAAUGGAUGACCGGAUGGCAUUACGACACCUUUAUAAUGUUCCAUCGUUGGAUUUCCAGAGUGGCAUUCUUAUUGAUUGUGGCUCAUGCUGGUGCUUACUCGUACUUCUUUGACAACAGAUACGCUAUGAAUAUGGAAGAAAACUACAUGAUUUGGGGUGCUGUUUCCACUGUUGCUGGAGGCUUACUCUUGUUGCAAGGUAUGCUUUAUCUUAGAAGGAACGCUUAUGAAUGGUUCCAUUUCAUUCACAUCGUGUUAGCUGUGGUUUUCAUUAUGGGAGCAUGGAUCCAUAUCGAUUACCCCGGUUAUGGUGCGUUUGCAUAUCCUUGCGUGGCUAUUUGGGGUUGCGAUUGGGUCGUUCGUAUUGUCAGAUGCAUUGGGUUUGGGUUCCCCAAGGCCAAAAUGUCUAUUGUUGCCGAUGAUUUGAUCAAAGUGGAAGUCAAAGCUCCAUGUUGGUGGAGAGCUACUGCUUCUGCUGGCUCACAUGCAUUUAUCUACUUUUUAACUCCUGUUGCGUUUAUGCAAUCUCAUCCGCUUUCAACAAUGGUUUCACCACAUGACCCUUCCAAUAUCGUCAUGUAUGUUAAGGUCAAAUCUGGUCUUACAAAGACUAUCUACAAGAAGCUUUUGAACAAUGGAAACUCCAUGGUAAUGAGAGUUACGUUAGAAGGUCCUUAUGGUCAUGGAGCAUCCAUUGCUAUGCAUGAUACUGUCGCUUUUAUUGCUAGUGGUGUUGGGAUUCCUGGAAUCUAUGCAGAAUUGUACGAUGCUGCUUGCAAGUCCAGGUUCGCUGACCGUAAGCUUAAUCUUUACUGGAUUAUUAACAACACUGGCUAUAUUCAAGCUCUUAAUGAAGAGCUCGAUAAGUUGAAGGAAUUCUCUAACGUUUCUAUUACCGUGUAUGUUACUAGUGGUCGUUCCAAGGCUAUCAAUGAGAAAGUCAAUGAUGACAAGGAUGACUCAGAAAUAUCGCUGGAGUUUUCAAUGAAUUCAAGUUACGCUAUCAUGUACGAUAGACCGGACAUCGGAGCCAUUGUUCGCCGAGAAAUAACCCAAUGCAACAAAGCCGUUGCGUUUGUUUCAUGUUCGAACCAUGGAAUGAGCGAUUUGUUAAGGAAGAGUAUCCAAACCAGCUUAGAAACAGGGAAAAGAGUUGACUAUUUUGAUGAACUCCAAGUUUGGGCAUAA